AUGAUGUAAUAGAUUAAAAGAUAUAAUAGAUUAGAAGAAUUUAUAAGCUCUUCUCUUUUAUCUCAUUAGAUUCUCCAUAUUGAUCUCGGUAACAUUAAAAUUGGUGAUUAAGGUGCAUCAGGCUAUGGUUAUGCUUUAGCAAAGCGCAUUAUCUCAAAUUUAACACUUGUCCAUAAUCACAAUAAAAUUGGUGAUGAAGGUGCAUCAGGCUUAGGUUCUGCUUUAGCAAAGUGCAUUAAUCUCUCAAAUUUGACACUUGACCUUUCAAACAAUUCAAUUGGUGCAAUCGGUACAUCAGGCUUAGGUUCUGGUUUAGCAAAGUGCAUUAAUCUCUCAAAUUUGACACUUGAGCUUUAUCACAAUAAAAUUGGUGAUUAAGGUGCAUCAGGCUUAGGUUCUGCUUUAUCAAAGUGCAUUAAUCUCUCAAAUUUGACACUUAUCCUUGGUUAAAAUUAAAUUGGUGAUGAAGGUGCAUCAAGCUUAGGUUUUGCUUUAGCAAAGUGCAUUAAUCUCUCAAAUUUGACACUUGACAUUUAUUUCAAUAAAAUUGGUGAUUAAGGUGCAUCAGGCUUAGGUUCUGCUUUAGCAAAGUGCAUUAAUCUCUCAAAUUUGACACUUGACCUUGAGUAAAAACAGUUUAUUUGUUUUGGAUUGUGA